GAAUGUUUUUGAAGGUCAAGUUUCAACAAGUCUAAAAAUAUAGAAAUAUUUUUGACUCUUCCCCUUGCGGAGGCAGUGCAGGUGAUGCCCUUGAUGCACUACGCACUGAUAAUCUUGCAAACCCUUAGAAGGGCUCUGCUGUGCCGCCGUGUGGUAUAUCUCAAGCGAUGUGGUAUAUUUCAUUUCAAAUUAUUCUAGUCCCAUCUCUCAUCAUUCUACCUAUUCUCAAUGACUGUUCAGACCAACAUCCCGCCAGACCUUCCCGACAGUGAUAAAGCUAUCAUAUUUGAAACUCUCGAUGCUCACUUAAAUGCAAUGAUCCUUUGUGCUCUAUUAAAUGGCAUAUAUUUUGGAAUUGUCACUAUCACACUGUGGGAUAUCUAUACAAACAAGUCCCGGCCUAUCAAACAAGCUCUGACCAUCAUCAUUGCUCUCCUCUAUAUUAUUACCACCGUUGACUUGGCCUUUGACUGGUCGGUUGUCCGCUCGGUGUUUAUUGAUCAUGGGCAGAGUUUUUGGACAAUGUUCCUGUUUUACACCCAACCUGAUAGCUGGAUAUCACUGGUGACUGGUAUCACGAGCACUGUUGCUACUAUCCUUGCGGAUAUCACCAUUAUUUGGCGAUGUUGGAUAGUCUGCAGUCAGCAAUGGCUGACCGUUCUGCUACCCGUAGCUUUUCUUAUAUGCGCAGUUGUCUUCAAAAUGAUUGGUGUAUACAGAGGUUACAUCUCCCCCGAAGAUGUCUAUGCUCUGGGUUUUGUGCUUUCUUCAUCAUUCGUUCUUGCUACGACCUUAUGGUGUACAUUGCUCAUUGUCUACCGUAUCGUCACUGUAGCUCGAGCAGGAACUGGUAUAGGAGCCGGACUCAGGACUUACCGCCAUGUUAUCGAGGUCAUCGUCGAAUCAUCAGCUCUUUAUUCCGUCACACUGAUCCUAUAUCUGGCCGUCUACGCCCGCAAUGAUGCUUCAGUGGCUUACUUUGAUCCCCUCGCAGCAGUGGCAAGGGGAAUCGCUCCGACGCUCCUCGUUGGACGUGUCGCGGCUGGACAUGCCCGCCCAGAUGAGUCUUGGAAGGGAAGCGUAAUAUCGGGCACCCUCCGAUUCCACAGGACACAAACUAGAGGCCAGAACUCUGAGCGGGAUUGUAUGAGUAGUGAUCUAGAAGCCCAGCAAGAGGGAUUAGAUGACGAAUACGACCAUUGCCCUCUGACCGAGUCCCAGGAGGAUGCUCGUCUUGAUUCGGAAGGCGUCAUACAUGAGGAUAGGCGAGAGAGAAAUGGCGAAGAUGGUCGUCACAUACUGAAGGGCUCUCAGGCAGAUAUCGAUGUCGAGAAUGUCAUCCCCGAAGCCCAGCCAGAUGAGCAUUUCAACAGGGAGAAGGAAAUUCUUGGGGAUGAGCUCGAGACUGGACCUGAUGACAAUCCCAAAAAGAUCCUCGUCGUACCAAGGGGUUGAUUAUGUUGGUGCUGAUAUUGAAGGCUGUUUUCUUGAUUCAUGUUCCAUACCUAGCUUCGUCCUCUCGACUGGUCUGGUUAUUUAUUGAUCAUAGCAAAUACACCUUUUGGAAAAAAUCUCGAGGAUUCCGUGCA